GUCUGAACUCGAUUGAUUGAUAUCGAAGGCCUCUUAUUAUAAUAUGGUACUAAGUUCAAAUAGAGUUGAAGAUUUAUCAACACAUGCAUGCAGUGAAGAGGGUUUUGAAUUACCAAUAUCAAAUCAUGAUGUACCACCACUUGAAGUGCAUAGAGUUUGUUUGCCACCACACAAAACAACACUUGAAAAACUAAGACAAAGGUUGUUAGAAGUGUUUUUCCCAGAUGAUCCACUUCAUAAGUUCAAGAAUCAAACAUGUUUGAUGAAGUUGUAUUUGGGACUUCAAUUUUUUUUUCCUGUUUUUGAGUGGGGCCCUCAGUAUAAUCUCAAGUUAUUAAGGCCUGAUAUCAUAUCUGGACUUACCAUUGCUAGUCUUGCUAUACCACAAGGAAUUAGCUAUGCUAAACUUGCUAAUUUGCCACCUAUUGUUGGAUUAUAUUCAAGCUUUGUGCCACCAUUGAUUUAUUCAGUUUUGGGAAGUUCAAGACACUUAGCAGUUGGUCCAGUUUCAAUUGCAUCACUUGUGAUGGGCACAAUGCUAAGUGAAGUUGUUUCUUACACUGAACAACCAAUUCUUUACCUUCAAUUGGCUUUUACAGCUACACUUUUUGCUGGAGUCUUUCAGGCUUCACUCGGAUUCUUCAGGUUGGGAUUUAUCAUCGAUUUUCUGUCAAAGGCAACGUUAGUCGGGUUCAUGGCUGGUGCAGCAGUCAUAGUUUCAUUGCAACAACUGAAAGGGUUGCUAGGAAUGGUCCAUUUCACAAGCAAGAUGCAAAUAGUUCCUGUAUUGUCUUCUGUUUUCCAGCACAAAGACGAAUGGUCUUGGCAAACCAUUGUUAUGGGCAUGUGUUUCCUCGCGUUCCUGCUAACAACAAGGCAAAUCAGCACCAGGAAUCCGAAAUUUUUCUGGCUUUCAGCAGCAUCUCCGUUGGCCUCAGUUGUUCUAUCAACUCUUGUAGUUGCCUGUCUUAAGUCGAAAGCUCAUGGGAUUCAAACUAUUGGACACUUACCAAAGGGUCUAAAUCCACCCUCGAUGAACAUGUUAUAUCUGAGUGGUCCUUAUCUGCCUCUUGCCAUCAAAACUGGCAUUGUAUCUGGGAUCUUAGCACUCACAGAAGGGAUUGCAGUAGGAAGGACAUUUGCUGCUUUGAAGAAUUACCAAGUUGAUGGAAACAAAGAAAUGAUGGCUAUUGGACUAAUGAACAUGGCUGGAUCCUGUUCUUCUUGCUAUGUUACAACAGGAUCAUUUUCUCGAUCAGCAGUAAAUUACAACGCUGGGGCACAAACGGUUGUUUCAAACAUAAUAAUGGCAACAGCUGUGUUAAUCACCCUGCUGUUUCUAAUGCCACUGUUCUAUUACACUCCCAUUGUCAUCUUGGCAGCAAUCAUUAUAACAGCAGUAAUUGGCCUAAUCGAUUAUCAGGCUGCAUUACGGUUAUGGAAAGUUGACAAGCUCGAUUUCUUAGCUUGCUUGUGUUCGUUUUUUGGUGUUCUUUUCAUCUCAGUACCUCUCGGCCUAGCCAUUGCAGUUGGAGUUUCGGUUUUUAAGAUCUUGUUGCAUGUUACAAGGCCAAAUACUGGUGUCUUGGGCAAUAUUCCUGGAACUCAAGUAUAUCAAAACAUGAACAGAUAUAGAACAGCUGUUAGAAUUCCUUCUUUCCUGAUCCUAGCUAUAGAAGCUCCUAUCUACUUUGCAAAUUCUACCUACUUACAAGAAAGGAUAUUGAGAUGGAUACGCGAAGAGGAAGAGAGGAUAGAAGCCAACCAAGAAACUGCAAUCAAAUGUGUAAUUAUCGACAUGACAGCUGUGUCGUCCAUAGACUCAAGUGGCAUUGACACAAUAUGUGAACUAAGAAAGACGCUGGAUAAACGAUCUCUUAAGCUUGUGCUGGCAAAUCCAGGUGGGAAUGUUAUGGAAAAGUUACAUGAAUCUAAUGCUCUUGAGGGCUUUGGACUAAAUGGAAUAUAUCUGACAGUUUCUGAAGCUGUGGCUGAUAUCUCAUCUUUGUGGAAGACUGAAACUGAAUUGCCAAUAUAAGAUAAAGUUGAAAUGGCAGGUGAUGAUACUACUCCAACUCAAGUUGGAAAGUUAACAAUAUCAGAUCCUUAGUUGAAGUUUUUUUAUGUAAGAGUUUAGUUCAAAUUUGAGUCAAGUGUAUGAGUUUCAAUUCACUGUAGUCCUUGGGUAUUACCCUACUUAACUAUGUAACUAGCCAGUCUUUACUUAACUCAGUCCAAGCAACAUUCAGAAGUCCCAUGUCUUUCUUGGUUGAAUCGACUCAAUCAGCGAUUCCCAACAAGUCUUUCUGAAAUUUUUGAAAAUUGUAACGUUGGAGAGUAGUUCAUCGACUCAAAUUAUAGUGUUUCAUCA